AUAAUAAUUAAUUAUUUUUACCGGAGAUCCAACUUUGCCAUCCAGAAAUCUCUCUCUCUCCACCAGCGCAGCGAGCGACGACUCGAACGAAGAAGAAAAGCCAGAAAAAAGAAAACCCAAAUCAAACAGGAAUCUAGAGAGAGAAAGCUCAGUGGAAUUCUGGAGACCGAGGGAGCGAGGCAAGGCGUCAAAACGAGAUUGCGAAGACGUAAUAGAGAAAAAAGAGGAGGAGGAGAGAGACUGGGUCUGCUCUGGGUCUGUGCUUUUUCUAGGCAUUAAUGGCGGAGGAUAACAAGGAGGCGACGCCCAGCGGCGACGAGAGCGUCAAGCUGUUUGUAGGUCAAGUCCCCAAGCACAUGACGGAAGCUCAGCUUCUCGCAAUGUUCCAAGAGUUCGCCCUGGUGGACGAGGUCAACAUCAUCAAAGACAAGACUACACGCGCUUCCAGAGGGUGUUGUUUCGUACUUUGCCCAUCCAGGCACGAAGCAGAUAAGGCGGUCAGUGCGUGUCAUAAUAAGAAAACAUUGCCCGGGGCAUCUAGUCCAUUGCAAGUGAAAUAUGCAGACGGCGAGUUGGAACGUUUAGAACACAAGCUCUUCGUUGGCAUGCUACCAAAAAAUGUAUCUGAAGCUGACUUAUCCGAUUUGUUCUCCAAGUAUGGCACGAUAAAGGACUUACAAAUUCUAAGAGGUUCACAGCAAACUAGCAAAGGUUGUGCUUUUUUGAAGUAUGAGACAAAAGACCAAGCCCUUGCAGCGCUAGAAACUAUCAAUGGAAAACAUAAAAUGGAGGGUUCGAAUGUUCCUCUAGUUGUCAAAUGGGCAGAUACAGAGAAGGAAAGACAGGCGAGGAGAGCUCAGAAAGCACAAUCUCAGGGAUCUAAUAUGCCAAAUGCUGACUUACAGCAUCCUUCCUUGUUUGGAGCCUUGCCAAUGGGAUAUGUUCCCCCUUACAAUGGCUAUGGUUACCAAGGUCCUGGAUCCUAUGGAAUCAUGCCAUACCGGUUGCCACCUAUGCAGAAUCAACCUGGUUUCCAUGGAAUGAUUCCCCCCAUCAAUCAAGGAAAUGCACUGCGUGGUGGAAUCAGACCUAACCUGUCGCCCAAUAUGGCCCCUAGAAAUUAUGGUGUCCCUCCAGCAAGUUAUGUGGGCUCGGCUUACCACCCUGCAGUCCCCGGCGUCCAGUAUCCUAUGACUUAUCCAGGAGGAAUGAUGGGUCAUCGACCUAUAGGUGGUUCACCUAGUUCAGCAUCUCAUCAAGUUUCAAGCAGCAGUAGUCCUGGAUCCUCUUCAGGUGUCACUACUAGUUCGGGGUCUCAGGUUGAAGGUCCACCUGGUGCUAAUCUGUUCAUAUACCACAUACCACAAGAAUAUGGAGAUCAAGAGCUUGCUAAUGCUUUCAAAGGAUUUGGCAACGUGCUGAGCGCAAAGGUCUUUGUUGACAAGGCCACUGGUUUCAGCAAAUGUUUUGGUUUUGUUAGUUACGACUCGCCGGCUGCAGCUCAAGGUGCGAUUGCUGUAAUGAAUGGAUACCAGUUAAGUGGUAAGAAGUUGAAGGUUCAGCUGAAAAGGGACAACAACAAACAGAGCAAACCUUACUGAUUAAGAAGAAGGGUGAGACAUGGAAGCAAAGCGGACAUGGGAGUGAUGCGACUCGCACGAUGUAUUGGGGGGCCUGGAUUUUGAGCUGUCGCCUUCAUGCAGCAUCCUUGUAAUUUGCGGAUGGGAUUGAAGCUCCUCUCAACUUGUAAUUGGUGGUGCAAUUUUGGCACCAGGCACACAACUGUAAUUUUCUGUACACCAUGGAAUUUCAUUUUAGAUACUAACGAUUAUUUCAUUGAUUUUCAAUUUGUUGAUUUCUCGGCGAAAUUCAUUCAUUUGCUAAUUUCUUUCUGGCACAUGCUUUGCAACAGCUCCAGUUUGGUUUAGCAUCUUUCGACUUUCCUUUUCCCCUUGAUGGCUGUGCUAGCGUUGGAACUUUUGGAUCAGACGAUACUUCUUUUGCCUUAGACCUUACCUUUAUAUUGAG